GUCCUGUAUUCGAAGGACCAGCCUGACCACUGUUCGUUGCAGUGUUGCAGUGUUGCGCAUACCCGCAACUUCUCAGUUCCACAAACAUACACCGGAACAGCCUUCCGGGCAUCUUUCUGUCCAAACAAAAAUCCUCGUCGGAAGUUUGAUGCCGCCUCGACUGCCAUAGUCUGGCAGAAGAGGCGAAUUACAAACUACUACUACAUCCGCAUCCCUCAAUCAAUUCACGGAAAUCCGAACUGUACACUCCCAGAUUUUCAUCAAACGAGUGCCAUACCGUUUAUUCCAUCAAAUCUCAGACAAAAUAUGACGGAUAAACUCUACAGCGGGCAUCAAGAGGGAGCAUGGCAGAGAGAGAUAUGGGAUGACACCGCAUUUGCAAAGAAUUAUCAAUAUGAGACAUCGCACCAACCACAAGGAUACGGUUCACAGAAUAUUUACUACAAUGGUGCUGUCCGAGGGUACGCAGGCCAGAUUCAAGGCUAUAGCCCUGACAUGUUUGGGUCAUUCGGCGACAACGCAUACAUGAGCAGCUACACGCAAGACUGUAGCUAUACCGCGUAUGCCACUCCUUCCCAACAACACCAAGAUACAGGCCCAGAGAGAUAUCAUCAUUCUUUCUCCAAUUCUGCUGGUCAGCAACAAUCACCCGUCACCUAUACACAAAAUCUCGAACAUCCAGCUGUCCGCACAAGUUCAAGCGAACAAACAACAUCUACACCAAUAUCUACUGACUGGUCCACCGAACCCUCCCAAUCGAUUACCACCGCCUCCGCAGGAAAUAUCACAUACAGCCAGCCACUCCCUCCACCCCACCAACACCAACCCCCCGAGCAAACUACUCCCCUCGCAUCCCUCGCCCCACUGACUCCCCCAACCCCGAACACGACUACGGCCAUGUACUCGCACUUCGUACAAUGUAAAUGCGGCGAGAUUCUGCGCGGGCCACACGCAAACGGCAACCUAACGCGGCACCGACGGUCGCGGAAGUGCACUGUCCCCGGUGAGAAGCGCGUGUUACUCUGCGACAAAUGCGAUACCCAGUUUCAAAGAAGUGAUGCACUGCUCAAUCACAAGCGCAAGAAACAUAAUGCUCCCCCGGGCACGCCGAGGGCGUUGCAAAUGGACAACGGGGGGAGUUAG